AUGUUCUUUCUCUACUUCCUGCCCCCAAUAUGCAUUGUGGCACUCUUCAUUCGACGCCUAUACAAAUUUAGAAAUUAUCCGGAUGCGCCUGGGCCGACUCCAGCAAAGUAUACACGUUGGUGGUAUCUAAAGAAGGUAUAUGACGGCAAGUUUGAGCAAUGGGACGUUGAUCAACACGCCCGUCAUGGGCCAAUCGUUCGCGUUGCUCCGCAAAUGUACAGUAUUGGCGAUCCAGCAGCUAUGAAACCCAUAUACGGCAUUGGUUCACCCUUGGAGAAGUCAUCAUGGUAUGAGUACUGGGGCGACCCUCGUGUACCGAAUCACAAUCUGUUCUCCUCCACGGACUCUUCCUUCCAUGCCACGAUGCGAAGGAAGGUCGCAAAUCUCUACACUAUGACAGCCAUCAAGUCUUACGAACCGUAUGUCAACAACUGUGUGCGUGUUCUCCAAGAGCAGCUUGAUCGAUUUGCCGCAAAAGGUGAAUGGUUCGAUCUACAGCACUUCACACAAUGUUAUGCACUGGAUGUGAUCGGGGAGAUAACAUACGGAAACCGGUUCGGCGUUCUCGACUCAGGAGGUCAAGACGUUGGUGGGAUUUUGGCGUCCCUCGAGAAGCUCUUAGCUUUUGGUACGCUGGCGGGCAUUGAACCAAGAUUCCUCCCGUUCUGGAUAUGGCGGUAUGGAAAUCCAGAGACUCCAAUACGGGCGUUUGACAACAGGCAGCAAGAGUUGCGACGAGAGAAAGGCUCGAUAAAUGGUGCAACCGACUUCUUCACGAAGUGCGAGGCACUGUGCAAAAAAGAUCCCGUUGAGUGGGAGAGAUAUCGAGGCCCCAUGGCGAUGACUCAAAACGUAGCAGCCGGCAGCGACACUACAAGCAUUGCGCUCACCAGUGCGAUCUUCCAUAUUAUCAGCAAUCGAGAAGUCUACCUCAAGCUCAAAGAAGAAAUCCGAGCCGCAGAGGAGCAAGGUGAGGCGGACGAUCCCAUCACUUUCGACCAAGCUCAAGCGUUACCCUACUUGGGUAGUUGCAUUAAGGAAGCGAUGCGGGUCCAUCCAUCUACUGGAUUGCCCCUGUGGCGCGUUGUUCCAGAGCCAGGCAUGACAAUAUCGGGGGUGUUUUUCCCCGCAGGUGCAGUAGUGGGUAUCAACACUUGGGUAGCCCAUCGUGACCCGCGGGUGUUCGGUCCAGACCCUAAUGUCUUUCGCCCUGAAAGAUGGGACCCCAAAAUUAACGACAAAGACAAGCUAAAGCAAAUGGAAGCUUAUUAUAUGCCUUUCGGAGCUGGAACCAGAACGUGCAUUGGCAAGAACAUCUCGAUCUUGGAGAUAUCGAAGGUUAUCCCCCAGCUUAUAAGGCGCUAUGACUUCGAGUUGGCGAGGCCUGGCCAGCCAAUCGAUUCCUUGAAUUAUUGGUUCGUUAAACAGCGCAACUUGCUAGCACGAAUCCGCCAAUGA